CACUUUAAGUAAAUCGAAAUUAUAUAAUCGUAAUCAUCAACAAUUAACAUUUUCUUUUGAGAAAACGUAACGUUUGUUAUCGGAAACUUUUGUUCGCCUCUUCUUUUUAAUCGAACAUUGAAAAGUUUUGUUUUUCUCUCAUUUUGUGUGUCCGGUCUUUCCUCUCGUUUCUCUUAUUACUUUGUUCAUCUGUAAUUCGCAUCAACUUUUAUUAUUACCUCUUUUCUUCUGUUUUUAUCCGUCAUCAUCUUGUCAUCUUUGUAAUUUAAUUUUAAGAAAGAGAAAAAAUGUCCGAGAAAGAAGUGAUCACCAAGAAUGACAACAAUGAGAGUGAAACCAAAGAUGUAACAUCUCAUAAACGAAGUAUCAAUGAGGUUACUUCUGAAGACUCUAACUCAGCAUUGGACGGUCUUGAUGAUGAUUCCAAUUCCAAUGUAGCUCAGGGCAAGCUCAGUAAUAAUUCAAAGAGUAAGAAACAGAAAACUAAGGAGCAUGAAGAGAAUGGAGAAGAUUCCGUUUCAAAUGAUGUCCUAGACGAUGAUGAAGAUGAUGAAGAUGACGAGGGUAGCGAAGACGAUUUGGGACCCGGUGACGGAGAUUAUGAUGAGGAAGAUGGUGAUGCCGGUGAAAGUAACCAGGGUGGUAAUGAUGGCAACGAUGAUGGAGAUGACGACGACGAGGAAGAUGAAGACGAUUAAAUCAUUUAAAUAAAUAAAUUCAUCCCAUUACUUUAGACACUUAACAAAACCAACAAAACAAAUACAAAAAAAUACAAAAAACAUACACAAUUCACACUAAAGCAAAUCAACAACAAACCUCCAUCACACAACCACCAACCACUCAACAAACAAAAACCACCAUCACAUUUUAUCCUCUUUCUUUCAUCUCUCUCUCUCUCUCUUUUACUCUCUCUCCUCUUAAAAUACUAUUUCUUACAUCUUCUUGUCAGCUUCUUUUCUCUUUCUUUCUCUUCCUUCGUUUUAAUCAACGUUCGAUGAGCAUUAAUCAAGGUUUGAUCACUGGGAUCGCUUGAGAACCAAAACUUCAGGACAAUGAUCAAUUUUCUGUCAGAACUAAUUGUAGAAAGCAGAGCUCUCAAUAAUAUAAUAUAACAAUUAACAUUAACAUACAACCACAACCACAAUCACACACACUCAUCAAAUCGCAAAUAAUCAAUUAAUCAGCUUUUCCCUUUUCUCUGUUUUCUCCUCAAUAUACCUGAAGCUUUGCUCUUUUUUAGUCCAAUUUAUUAAGCGUUUUACCUUUCGAUUAGAAAACUAAUUAAUUACCUUGAUCGCAAUUAGAUGACCGACUAACAACAUGCAUCCUCUUUUGCUCUCUGGUCAAUUUGAAUGCCUCCUCCUUCCAUCACCAUCCACACUCACACACGUACACCAACUAUAAGUUAACUGUAAAUCAAUUGUCGUGUUGCAAAAGCAAAACAAUCAAGAUAAAAGACAAAGAAAGAAAAAGUUAACAUUGGCAUUACAUUGACAAUGAUUACGGUUAAUGAUUCCAUUUUUUUCUUCUUUCUUUUUCUCUUUUUUUAUCUUUCCUAGUUCUUCCUCCUUCCAUCCCGUUAAUCUCCAAUCAUCAUCAUCACAUUUACACACAAACUCACACAUUAAUUAUCAUCAAUCAGCCUUUUUGCUCCUUCUACCUUUCGAUUCGUAAACAUUUAGUAACAAUCGUUUCCAAUCAACUUGUCACUCAUUUGAAAAAAAAGACAAACAAAAAUACAACAUAUGAGAUCAACUCCUUCCCUCCUUUUCUCUCUCUCUCUCUCUCUCAAUCUUGACCACAGUCCAGAAUUAUAAUUUCCAAUUUUUACUUGGAUCAACAUCUGAUGUUAAAUAAUAACACCAUCAAUUUGAGAGCAAUUUAAUUAACUUCUAAUUUAUACAACCAGUACUUAGCCACAGUCCACUUACACUAUUCAUUUUACUUUUCGCUCUCUCUCAUCAUCUUUAUCAUCUUCUCUCUUUAUCAUCUUGCCUUUCUCUUUCUCUUUCUCUCUCUCUCUUAUAUCUUUCUGAAAACAAUGAAUUGUCAUCAUCAUGUUUUUAGUUAUUCCGAUUUCACUAAAAAAAAGUCCAAUUGAUCAACUUUUUUGUCAUUGAUUUGGAUUCAUCUUAUUCAUAACAAA